AUUGGAAUUACCUGGCCGCCAACUUAGGAGCCCAAAAUUUAUUUAUUUCUUCCCCAAAAACUUAGGAGCCCAACAACAGUCUCUUGCGGAGUUUAAUCAGGCCAGCCAACCUUUUAAAUUGACAUAUGUCCAAAAAUUUACCGAAGGCUGCUGCGACUACGAACAGGAUCUGAGAGAGAUCAUACCGAACUUCAAAUCGAAAUAACCAAUUGUUUCACAUCACCAUGGAACUUGGGUCUCACAACGAGUCAGGCCAGCCGAAUUUCCUUCAAGAAACAAGGUCCCUGGCUCCAAGGCAAUCAACUGGAGAGGGACAGAUCCUACGGAAGCGAAAAGAAGCAGAGCUCCUGCAUCAUCCUAAACGGGAACCGAGUUGUCGCGAGGAAUAUGAAGCCCAAAUUGCAUGCCGGGCUCACAAACAAAAAUUUGUCGCUGUAACGAAACGCAGGUUGCAAUUUGAAGAACAAAUAAGCGAGGACCCUUCCAACAAAAGCGCUUAUGUGGAGUAUGCAAAGUGGCAAGAAGAGUAUACCAAGUGGCCUGUAGGCGUCAACGUUCUCGCUGCACGUGGCACUUGGCAAAAAGCCUUGUAUGUACCUCGGCAUCGCCAGGAUCCUGAGAUGUGGAAGGAAUAUGCACAUUUCGAGAUGAGAAACGGGUUCAUUACCGAAGCCCGGGAUAUAUGGUUCAGUGCUAUCCGGGUUUUGCCUCAGGUUGACGAGCUGUGGAAAGAGCAUAUUCGUAUGGAGGAAAUGCUUGGAAAUUUUGAAACUGUUGGGAUAAUCUUUGAGCUCUGGAUGAAGCAGCAUCCAAGCCAACGAGGGUGGGUAUCAUAUAUUGAGUUUGAGUUGAAAUAUAAUGGAGUAGAGAGCGCUCGGGGGAUAUUUGAGAGGUUUGUGGAGUGGUCACCAAAAAAUUGCUACGCCUGGAUCAAAUAUGCAGCACUGGAGAGAUCCUCAGGUGAAAUUGAGCGAGCCAGAUCCAUUUUUGAGCGUGCUUUUGACCAACCGACUCUAGACAGGCCUGACUUGUUAUAUAAGGCUUUCACUGAUUUUGCCAAGGCUAGCCUAGGGGAUGUAGGGGAUGUUGAUCAAUUGCUGAAGAAACUAAGAAUUAAAAAGAAGGAAGAAGAUGGAGUUUGCCUUGGAUGAUGGAUUCUACAGAGAAGAAGAAAAAGGAGAAGCAUGCAUCACCUCAAUAAGAUUUGGAACGUGUUCUCAAUUGAAAGAAGCAACAGAAAAUUUGUCCAAAAUAGUUUUUUAUUAGGUAUAACCUAAUCUGUCGGAGAUGUUGUAGUUGUUCAAUUGAAAAAUAAUCAAUAUAUAUUAUAAUUGCUUAAUGUAAAUUUGAGUUUAGUAGUCCAUUUUAAGUAUUUUAAGUAUUAAUAACUAGGACUUUUUUCACUUUUUUU